AUGUCUGGAUUAGUAUCAUGUUUUAAAAAGAUUGAAGAAACUCAAGGAAUGCACACUCAUAUACAAAUUAUAAUAUUUACCGAUUAUAAUGAAUUGAAUGAAAUGUUCUUCAAAAUCAGACCACCAUUCCCUGUAAAAUUACAUGUAUUUUCUAUGGCCAAAUCACACCACGUUUUGAAACAUAUUCCUAUAACAAGUACAAUUGAAUCAAGCACUGCAACACCAUCAGAAUCAACAAAGUCAUCAGAUAUUUCUACUAAUACCAAUAACUUGAAACAAUUGACCAAACUUUAUACAGGUCAUUGUUAUUUCUUGAUACCUACCACUAAGAAUAAUAUUGACGAAUCAAUAUUGAGUGAAUUUAUCAAGAAGUGUUAUGACAAGUAUAGUGGAUAUUUGGUGUUUGGUCACUUGGUUUCACCAAUUGAAUUGCAUCCUGAUCCAAACCUUGUCAUGUGGCUUUUGGAUAGACAACAUGAUGGAAUCCAUCCAAGUGCCUCCAUGUUGGAAUCUUCUUCAUGUUCUGCCAAUGAAAGACAAUGCCAUGUACCACCAAUUUUGAAUAUUGUAGGAUUUAUUCCAGGUACUGAAUUGUCCUCACCAAAAUGUAUAUCAAAACAUACCAUUCUUCCUCUCAAUGCUGAUGACAAUGAAGUACCUUAUGGUGUCAGAAUGUCCAGAAGAGAUAAGGAAAUUCAAUUUGGCAAGUUUAAAAAAAUUGUCAAGGCAGAUGCAUGCAAGGCUGAUGAAGCACCAGCCAGUUUUUACCAACUUUUACACAUGACACUUUCAAAAUCUAGAUCUUUGGAUAUUCCACCACCACCUGUAAAUAGUGAAAUCGAAGAGACUCAAAAUCAAAAUGAAGCAAAGAGAAUUUGUGCCAUUGUAAGUCUAGGAGGAAUCCCAGAGAGAUUUGCCUAUGUGACAGCAUGUAAUGAUGGCGAAUUGUCCUCUCUUGUCUUGGGUAUUUUCAAUGAGGAGCUUGAGUUUUCUGUCAGUGAAGAGUAUUGUAGAAAUAUUCCAAAAACUCAACUAGCUCACAACAAUUUGGCCUAUCCUUGGUUAGAGACCGGUGUCGGUCAAAUGGUAGAAGAAAUGUCAAUAGCCAAUGCAAAAGAUAUAGAAAAGACUGGUGAGCAAUUUGAUCUCUUUUCCAAGUGUACAAAUUUAAAAACCUACAAUUAUGAUCUCAAGCAAACCAAGAAUGUAAUUGUACCUUUCCAAAAAGUUGAAACAUUAUCAAAUGAUUUUGGUAAAAUCAUUAGAAAUAUCAAGAACCUUCCAAAGAAGACUGAUUUGGUCACUAACGAAUGCGAAAAACUGAGAUAUAUCUCCCAAGUCUUUCACAAUAGCUCCAUUAUUGAUACUCUCAAGCAAUUGUUGGAAGAAUCAAUUGAGAAGAAUAAGGAGAAGGUAAAGACUGAACAAUCCACAGAAGCACAAGAACAAUUACUCAGAUCGAAUAGAAUUUUGAGAAUUAUCAUUGAGCAAUUAGAAAAGAAUCCAAAAGCCAAAUUGAAACCACCAAAAGGAGAACACUUGUUCGAAUCAGUGAGUCAAGAGCUUGCCACUAUUAAGCAUCAACACUAUGAACAAAUGCAACACCAAGUUCAUCCUCAACAGCAAAUGCCAAUACAUACUGCCCACCAUGUUGUUCCUCAACACCAUUAUAUGGUACCAAUGCCAGCAGAUUCAUCCCCACACGUCAUGCCACAAUAUCCAUACGCAGCUCAACCAUUGCCUUACGAAUCAGGUUACCCACUCCCAAUCCAACAAGCACCUCAAGUACCUUAUCCUUAUCAUUCACACGCUCAUCCUCCACCAACAGCUCACUAUGCUCAGUACGAUCAACACUACAUGGGUCAAGCCAAUCAAAUACCAAUGGAUCCUCAUCAACAACAUGCACCGCCUCACAAGAAGCAAAAACAAUAA